AUGACCGAGACUGGAUGCGAUGGACUCGAUACGACCAUGGAUAUCUAUACAAUACCAGACUGGGAGAACUCCAUGAAGUGCUUAUUGAUGAGAACUAUGCAGGAGUCUUUAUCCUCAGCCCUACCCCGCCGCAACGGAUGGAUGUUCGCGUCGGUCACCCGCUUGGGUAACGGACGCUAUUUGAUGCGAAUCAGCCACGAGUCCCUGUCAGUUUGCCAUGCCCAUAGCUGCCUAGAAGGACUCCUCUACCUUGUUACAGAACGAAAGUUCUCACUUCAAGUUACUGCUGCCAGCCACGCCGGAACUCAUCCGAUGGCAGGCCCUCUACAGGUCGGAGACAUCAUCAACCUUGGGCGCCUAGCCUGGGAUAUUUACCGUUUUGGUUGGAAGGAAGAUCAUAAUGCAACAAGACAAUAUACAGAGUUUGGAAGAGAUAUUCGGGGCCUUGCCGAGAACCUCGAUAUUCUAAGCAGAGUAAUCACCUGGGCAGAUGAUUCCCUUCAAAGCCAGCGGAGACCAGGUGUACCAGCCAGGCUACGAUGGGAUCGGACUUCACUUGUCGAAAUUGUUGGAGACUAUGAGAUGACACUACGGGAAUGUCGACAUCUACUCGAGUCCAACGAACGGUACCGAAAGGGAGGUAACCCUCUACGCAACAUAGAGUGGAAUGUUCUUGUCCAACCUGUGGCGGAUCAACUGCGUCAACGGAUUAUGCUACAUAAUUCCAAGAUCCUUCACGUCUUGAAACCACUGGAGGUUGACCUUCUUCUUCGCGUACGACAAGAUAUUGAACUCAUGCAUCAGGACCUCGCGGAGCGCAUCACCGACGUUCACCAUGAUAUUCGCCGAUUGAUGGGAGUUCUAAUCCCCGACCUUGACGAGGCGCUUGAUCAACGGGUUCAGCGAAGUGUUGUGCUGUUGGAGGUUCCUCUUGAACUGGAUGACCAGUUUCGCUUUGCGGCACUUACUGGCCAUCCAGAAUACCGCGUUGAGGACGAUUUCGAACUGAGCGAACUGUCAGAUGCGUUUAUACUCAACUUCCACAAGAGCACAAUCAAUUUUCAGUCGGGAAUGCUGGUCGAGGAUCGAGUCCCUGAUGUUGAUCAGUAUCUCAACUUACUAAAAUGCGUAUGGAUCUUGAAACGAAUUCAAGCGUCUCCAGCCUUGAAUGCAGCAAACAAGGAGACCUCACACUGGCCCUCAUACACACGACAACUCGAAGAUGAUCUUUCUUCCCAAUGUGCCCGUUUUGGUCCAGAGCUUGUUACACCCAGAAUUGUAACUUCAAGGCUUAAGCGAGACAUGUUUGCUAUCUGGCCUGAGAAGGAACCUGCCCCUCUGAUCGACGUGGUGACUAAAGACGAAAUGAUGGAUGAGCUUCUCGAGGUUUCAUUGCGGAGCCAUAACCCAGGUGUUGAGAAGAAAGUGAAGCUUCUUCGCAGAUUGGAUGCAGAUGGGCGACGAUUCAGAAUCAUUCUAUCAGGCUUAGAACAAGUGUCGACAGGUAAACCAAGACAAAAAUCCGAAACUAUCGACCUCGAUGUUAGGUCCAUGAUGUUUAACCCCCAGUAUGCCUUACCCUUGGGCACUCAUAUGACACAAGAAAUACUUUUGCGAGAGAAUGAGCGGAUAGCACGGCUGGACUUUCUCAAUGGAGGCGAUAUACUCAAAUUCCAGCAAGCAAUGACUGGUUUCAAACCGUGGGAUUCGUAUACGCAAUACGAUUGCCAAGUCAUCUUUGUCCUCGACGGGGUCAACAACAUUAUGGAGAACGCUUCGCUUCAACUCUGGAUCCCUAAGCAAAUCGCAGGCUCACUCGUCACGAACAGCGAUGCUGCCGCCAAUACAGUUGGAGGUUCAGCGACCAGUCGGCAGAACUCUAUAUCUACGGUCGCUUCGGGUGGCAUGCCGAUUCCGUCCCCUAGGGAGAGUGGGAACUUUAUGCCUACUUUCAAUGGGAAAAAUGCCAGCCCUUCUCAGCGUCAACCAAGUCUUGCGACUAUUCCGCAACGGAAACCUGUGGGUUCUGAUUCCUAUGACCCUUGGCCAACCAGUAGCUCUCCUGAGCCCAUGGGUCCUUCGCCUUUGGAGAGACGGAACUUCUUCCCAACACAAGGGCCGCCGCGAGAAUCGCCCCCACGGAAGCCUGUCGGGCAGCCUCCAUCGCCCUCUCAAUCAGGGUCUACUUUUGCCGUUCGGUCUAACAGCACGGCUACAACCAAGAACGGACGCUCGUUCAGCAUCUCAAGCGGCAUGUCGAGCACCAGUAAUUCCUCAAAUAGCGACGUCCGGAGUGUGAGUAUCUCAACGGGAACAAACUCCACUGGUCUUCUCCACAAGCGUCCAGUCAAGCCGAUGCUUGUUCUUUUCACUCAAAGUCUUCAAGGUGACAAGUUCUCAUUCGUAUCGAUUCAGAUCGACGACGAAACAAAUAUGAACCCUGAACGUUGUGAUUGCCGCAAAUCGGGAAGGGAUGGUGCGUCUUGCGAGAUUGCUGCCGUUGAAAAGAAUAAAGGACGCACAACCAUUGCAGCCCGACGGUAUGAACAGUCUGCCUCGGGUGGUGACAUGGACUGGAAUCUGGCCCGCUUGGCAAUCAACAACCCAGCCUCGACAAGCGACAACGUCACCUGGUCAAACCUCAAGAGACUGAGCAUCAAGUUUCCCAAUCCUCAAGCAAGAGCCUACUUCUGCGGCACGCCUAAUGUAUGCCAUUGCAAGAUCAAGAAGGAAGGUGACUUACGCAAAUGCAUUCAAGAUGGGCAUCGCGGUCUAUGGGGCGAGGUACAAGAGAGCUACAGGAAGCAGAUGAACAACUUCCACAGGCAACGAUAUGAAGGCAGAUCCCAUGUUGUAUAUGGGGUGACGAAUUAA